AUGUAUCAUGAAAAUGAAAAUCUUGUAUUCGAACCUCUUCUUUCAUCAAAUCAAUAUAGUGAACAAUCUACCAAUGAUUUAUUAAUAAGUGAAGAACAACGAGAUUUUCAAUCCGUAUAUUUUACGUACAUCUCGAGAAUAAAAAAUUUGUGUUGUACAAUGACUAUUCGAACACCGAGUAUGUGUUGUUGUGAAGUAUUAAAAUGGAUUCCAGUUAUAUUUAUCCUUGGACUUGUUGGAUGGUCUUAUUAUGCUUAUGUUGUGCAAAUGUGUAUCUUUACAAUUGACAGUGUGCCUAAAAAAGUGAUUUAUUUAUUUAUUUAUCAUAUAUUAUUAAUACUUAUUUUGUGGUCUUAUUAUCAAACAGUGUUUGCACCUUUGGUUGGACCACCUCGACAAUUUUAUAUAGGUGAAGUUGAAAGUGCAUCUAUUGCUACAAUACAAACAGUUAAUGAGCGACGUGCUACUCUUAUUCGUCUUUCUCGUCAAGCAAAUUUACCAUUAGUAACACGACAUUUUGAUGGAAGUAUUCGUUAUUGUUCGAUAUGCAAAUGUAUAAAACCUGAUCGAGCUCAUCAUUGUUCAGUAUGUGAACAAUGUGUUCUUCGAUAUGAUCAUCAUUGUCCAUGGACAAAUAGUUGUAUUUCAUAUGGAAAUUAUAAAUUUUUUAUUUUAUUUCUUGGUUGGGCAUUAAUUUUUUGUACAUAUGUUGCGGGAACAUCACUUCAAUAUUUUAUUCUAUUUUGGCAGAAUGUAGCCAAUUCGGAAAACAAUGAAACUAGUUCAGUAUCAACAAGUGGAAGAUUUCAUUUGCUUUUUCUUUUUUUUAUUGCUAUUAUCUUUGCUGUUAGUGUAUCAUCAUUAUUCUUUUAUCAUUUAUUUUUAAUUGGAAAAAAUCGAACGACAGUGGAAUCACAUCGAGCACCAAUAUUUGCAAAUGGACCUCAAAAAGAUGGUUUUGAUUUAGGUUGUAAACAAAAUAUUCAAGAAAUUUUAGGAACUGAUCUUAUUAAAGCAUUAAUACCAAUAAAUACAACACAAGGCGAUGGAAUUCACUAUCAAGUAAAUAGUAUGCUACUGGAAGAUUUACAAGAACGAUCUAGAAAUCCAACUAGAGACGUUGUUUUGCCACUUGAUACUCUAGCAAAUCCAAUUAAUAACGAUCGGAACUAUUUGUUGAGCAGCAAUACCAACAGAAGAUAG